UCAAAGUCCGUAACAAACGGGAUAUUUGCGAGCGAUACAUGGUAUAAAACAGCGCGGGGUUCUGUCUCCUGCAUUCAACACGAGAAGCUGGAGCAGACGACAUUAUAAGAGUUUAACACCUGAACCCGACCACAACUAUCGCAAAACACAAAAUGUCUAUCAAGUUGUUCCUCCUCCUGGCCCUUGCGGCUGUCGGCGCUUUGGCACAAGAUAUCAACGAGCUCGAGUUCACGUUGGACGGCAGACGAUACACGGAGACUGUGGUUGACGGAGAAGACUUUCAGGUGGUGGUUGUACCCAAACAAGGCAUCGCGGACCACACAAUGGUCAUGCACGAUUUCGAGACGAGACUGACUGCCUUCAAAGACCUGACUACCAGACGUUGCAUUGUCAUCCCCAUGGACCACAUGCUUCUCAGAGUCCGAGGACUAAUCUUCAAGGACAGGAGAUCAGCUAGCGAGGAUGUGCCAUCAAACCGCAACAUCAUGUUGGACGUCGACGGAGACAUGAUGGAAGACAUCGACACUGAAGCUGGUGAUAAGAUUGCUGAGCUGUGCCAAGGUUUCCCCGCCUUCUGGGCAAGAAUCUCAAAGGAGAAGAGCACUUUCAAGAUGUCUGGCAGGCGGUUCAGACGCUGGGGCUUCUCCGCUAGUGCGUCAGCCUCUACCAAUGGGAAAAGCGCCAGUGCGUCGGGGAACGUGAGUGGUGGUUCCAACGGUGCCAACAGCGGCUCAAAGUCGAGCAGUGGGUCAAACGGCGGCAGCAGUGAAUCAUCUGGAAGCGCCAACUAGAUAAACUACCAGAGACAAUUUUAUUAGUACAAAGUUCAAAGCUGCUAGGUUGUGAUUAAUCCUGUCCUACAUUUAAUUUUAAAUACCCGAUCAAAAACUGUCUUCCUUGUUCACUUGUUAUCAUAUUAUGAGGUCAUAAAAAUGUCAAUUAUAUUUUCGUGUAUCAUGUAGCUCCAUGUAUUAUUGGAAAUAAUGAUCUCCUUUCGUCACUGCCAACUCUCCUAUAUAUCUUACGCAUCAUUUUUUGUGAGAAUCCAUUGCGGUAUCAUAUCAGACCACAUGCUAAAUACAAUUUUGAUAUAUUGAUAUAAUGAUGAUAGUCAAA